AUGCCUGACAUAAUUGAUUUUCAGUUCCGUGAAGCCAUAGCUGCUCGUACGCAGCUGAGCAAGUUCUUUCGCUCUGAAAGUCCUCCAGGGCUGGAAGAUCGGGAGACCAUCAAUCACGAGUAUUUCACAAAGAGCUUGACCAAGAUAUACGUGGGACUUUGUGAAUGCUGUGCCAGACCCAGGAAAGAUUGUGAGCGACCAAAUCUAGGCCGUUCACACAAAGACAAUCAGCCUGCAUUACCGAAUCGAUUUGCGCUACUUGGUCUCCACGACUCUGAUGACGGUUUUGAUCCUACCUUCACGCAAGCAGGUCGUCAGUGCAAUGAAUGUGCGAGGGAUAUCCAAGCAGCCGUGACGGAAUCAUCUACUACCCCUCGACUCGUUGACGAUCACCUGGGUGAUGCUUUCGAUCUUUGCGAGAAAAUCCAGAAAAUAUGUGACCUACAACGGGUAGCUCUGGCUGUUUGGGAGCAAGCCGCACAAGGUACCACGCCGGUGACCUUGGCGGCAUUCAUCACACAUGCUGCCUUCGCGGCCUUUGAGGACAUUGAGCAAAGAUUGAAGAUCUUAUGCAACAUUUCGAGUCCAGAUGUUCUGCGGAGCAAAUUCGUACAGAUAAAUCAUGAUUUGGAGACUUCGCAGGAUGUCGGGAACGAGAUGGAUUCGUCCAAGACGCGACAGGUUGAAGCCCUCAAAGAAGCCUGGGAUCUGCUUUCCGAAUGCAAGCAGGACCAUCAGGACCGAGAUUCUGACGAGAAAUUUUGUACCGUACCAAGGCCCUCGCAAAUCGUUCUCCGCAGAGGUUCAGAUUCAGCGCCAAUGGACCAUGAGUGCCUUUCCAUGCUCCUGCAUAACAUUGAACGGCAUGUUAAGACCAGAUGCCGGCCGACCUGCAUAGUUCGCCUGGGCACACCAGUCUAUGCAGAUGUAGGCUACUUUCUUACGCACAAGGAAGAUAGCUCGAACAGUCUUCGUUGCUCUUUCGGGCUUCAUCUGCUUCUCGAAACCUACAAAAGCUACCUCUUAGCAUCGCCACGUGGCUGUACACCCUCCUGUUGCCGGCUGCAGGCUCUCAGGUUUGCACAAGAAGCAGUCCCAUACAUGGGUGCCGUGCUGGAGGACUCGAGCAUGCCUUGCAGAUGUUGUCAUACUUUAGCUUUUCAUUUGCAGAACUUACACCUCGAUUUCAAAGCAUUCCUUGGAGAAAAGGUAUUCGAUCUAUACUUUCAGUCACCUUGGGUGUCCGGAUCCCACAUCCUCGAGAUGCUCGAACUGCUUUUCUUCUACGGCCUACGCCUGUUCAGCUAUAGACAUUAUGUCGGCUCUGUCGUGCACGUCUACAAUGUCCUUCGAGAAUGCACCGGUUUGGUAUCCAUUCCUUUGCUAGAGAAGCUCUGCGAUACGUUCAGCGAUAUCCUGUUCCCAGGUGGACGUCCGAGACGCAGCUUCAAGGCUUGCUGCUUCCGAUACAUGGGCGGCAGACUCCGUUUCGAUCCGCAUGCUUCGCACCACAGGUCUGGCUCUCAUAAAGUCUGCAUUCCACCUCGCGCUGCCAAGGCAACGGCGGGAUUCCCGUUGCAGAAAGAGGCCAACGACGCAAGAUUUGAGUACCGAAAGAUCUCGUUACUUCAUUAUAUCAAGGAGAGGGGAUACCAUCUCGACCACAGCCUCUGGGACCGAGUCUACGCUAUCACAAAUACAAAGAAAGAUGCACCAUCCUCCGGGAAGGGCACGAAACGCCAUCACCAUCAAUGCUCACAUUCAGAAGAGCAUGCCCAUCCCAAACACGACUCCUCCCAACCGCACCGCCUCGACAGUCUUCACGACGCCCUCCUCCCCGAGUUUACCGGCCCCUUCCCCAUCGCCAAAGUCAAUUUCUUCGCCGUCUACCUCUCGUGCAUCCGCAUCGUGUCCCUCAUCAGCGACCGAACCCAUCAGGCAGGCGAACCAAAAGCCCCGACGGGCCAGAACUGUCUCUGCUUCCUCGAUGCCAUGCUCGACGCUGCGGAUCGGUAUAAGGAGAAUGAGCACAAAAUGCAGCUGUUUGGAUGUAGGGAGUUGGUCAAGAUUUGUGGGGAGAGUAUGCUUGAGGUGCUCGGAGGGAAGGAUGUUGAGGAGUUCUUGUGGAAGGGUCUUUGA